CGAGCGGGGACCCUGCCUCCUGCGCGCCCGCGGUCCGCCCCUCGCGCUCGUCCCGGCGGCCGGACUGCCCAGCCCGCGUCCCCGAGUCCUGCCGUCCGCCCGCGCCGCGCCCGGAGAGGAGGCGACCACGAGUUCCUCGAAAGGGACCAUCUUGCGAAAAGCCCCGGAGAAAGGCCACGGACGCGCGGCCGACAGGGGUGGUGGCUCCCGGCCCCCCGCGCCGCGCCGGCCCCCCGCCCGGCCCCCACUGCCCGCGGCAUGGCCCGGGGCCCGGCGCUGCCGCUGCUGUGCGCCCCGGCCGUCUGGGCGGCCACCGCGCUCCUGCUCCUCGCGCCCCGGACCGCAGGGGAUUCGGAGGCGCCUGACCCACACGACCCUUCCGGCCAACUGGAUGGACACGGCAGCCCUGUUCCAACGCCGAAAGGUUACUUUCUGAACUUCCUGGAGCCGGUGAACAACAUCACCAUCGUCCAGGGCCAGACGGCGACUCUGCACUGCAAGGUGGCCGGCCACCCGCCGCCCAGCCUGCGGUGGCUGAAGAACGACGCCCCGGUGGUGCAGGAGCCGCGGCGCGUCAUCAUCCGCAAGACGGAGUACGGCUCUCGGCUCCGCAUCCAGGACCUGGACACGACAGACACCGGCUACUACCAGUGCGUGGCCACCAAUGGGAUGAAGACCAUCACUGCCACCGGCGUCCUGUUCGUGCGGCUCGGUCCCACACACAGCCCAAACCAUAAUUUUCAAGACGACGACCACGAGGACGGGUUCUGCCAGCCGUACCGGGGCAUCGCCUGCGCCCGCUUCAUCGGGAACCGGACCAUCUAUGUGGACUCGCUGCAGAUGCAGGGGGAGAUCGAGAACCGGAUCACAGCCGCCUUCACCAUGAUCGGCACCUCCACGCACCUGUCGGACCAGUGCUCCCAGUUUGCCAUUCCGUCCUUCUGCCACUUUGUGUUCCCGUUGUGCGACGCGCGGUCCCGGGCGCCCAAGCCACGCGAGCUGUGCCGCGACGAGUGCGAGGUGCUGGAGAGCGACCUGUGCCGCCAGGAGUACACCAUCGCGCGCUCCAACCCGCUCAUCCUCAUGCGGCUGCAGCUGCCCAAGUGCGAGGCGCUGCCCAUGCCCGACAGCCCCGCCGCCGCCGACUGCAUGCGCAUCGGCAUCCCAGCCGAGCGGCUGGGCCGCUACCAUCAGUGCUACAACGGCUCGGGCACGGACUACCGAGGGACGGCGAGCACCACUAAGUCAGGGCACCAGUGCCAGCCCUGGGCUCUGCAGCACCCCCACAGCCACCACCUGAGCAGUGCAGACUUCCCGGAGCUCGGCGGGGGGCACGCCUACUGCCGGAACCCCGGAGGGCAGAUGGAAGGCCCCUGGUGCUUCACGAAGAAUAAGAACGUGCCCAUGGAGCUGUGCGACGUGCCCCCGUGCAGCCCCCAGGACGGCAGCAGGAUGGGCAUCCUGUACAUCCUGGUGCCCAGCAUCGCCAUCCCCCUGGUGGUCGCCUGCCUCUUCUUCCUGGUCUGCAUGUGCCGCAACAAGCAGAAGGCGUCGGCCGCUGCGCCCCCGCGCCGGCAGCUGAUGGCGUCGCCCAGCCAGGACGUGGAGCUGCCCCUCAUGGGCCCGCACAAGCAGGCCAAGCUCAAGGAGAUCAGCCUGUCCUCCGUGAGGUUCAUGGAGGAGCUCGGGGAGGACCGCUUCGGGAAGGCGUACCGAGGUCGCCUGCUGGGCCCCGCGCCCGGGGAGCCCGCCCAGGCCGUGGCCAUCAAAACGCUGAAGGACAAGGCGGAGGGGCCGCUGCGGGAGGAGUUCCGGCACGAGGCCUUGCUGCGUGCGCGCCUGCAGCACCCCAACCUCGUCUGCCUGCUGGGCGUGGUGACCCAGGGCCAGCCGCUCAGCAUGGUCUUCAGCUACUGCCCGCAGGGCGACCUCCACGAGUUCCUGGUCAUGCGCUCGCCGCACUCCGACGUGGGCAGCACGGACGACGACCGCACGGUGAAGUCGGCCCUGGAGCCGCCCGACUUCGUGCACGUGGUGGCGCAGAUCGCGGCCGGCAUGGAGUACCUGUCCAGCCACCACGUGGUGCACAAGGACCUGGCCACCCGCAACGUGCUCGUGGACGACAAGCUGAGCGUGAAGAUCUCGGACCUGGGGCUGUUCCGCGAGGUGUACUCGGCCGACUACUCCCAGCUGCUGGGCAGCGCGCUGCUGCCGGUGCGCUGGAUGUCGCCCGAGGCCAUCCUGUACGGCAAGUUCUCCGUGGACUCGGACAUCUGGGCCUACGGUGUGGUCCUGUGGGAGGUGUUCAGCUACGGCCUGCAGCCCUACUGCGGGCACUCCAACCAGGACGUGGUGGAGCUGGUGCGCGGCCGGCAGCUGCUGCCCUGCCCCGACGACUGCCCCGCCUGGGUGUACGCCCUGAUGGUUGAGUGCUGGAGCGAGUUCCCCGGCCGGCGGCCGCGCUUCAAGGACAUCCACAGCCGGCUCCGCGCCUGGGGCGGCCUGUCCGCCUACACCAGCUCCGCGCAGACCUCGGGCGCCAGCAACGCCACGCAGACCAGCUCGCUGAGCACCAGCCCCGUCAGCGUCAGCAACGCCCGCUACGGGGUCCCCAAGCCCAAGGCUCCGCCCUUCCCGCAGCCGCAGUUCAUCCCCGUGAAGGGCCCCAUCCGGCCCCUGGGACCCCCUCCGCAGCUCUACAUCCCCGUCAAUGGCUACCAGCCCGUGCCGGCCUACGGGGCCUACCUGCCCAACUUCUACCCCGUCCAGAUCCCCCUGCAGAUGGCCCCGCAGCAGGUGCCUGCCCAAAUGGUGCCCAAGCCCGGCUCGCACCACAGCGGCAGCGGCUCCACCAGCACCGGGUAUGUGACCACCGCGCCGUCCAACACGUCGGUGGCCGAGCGCGCGGCGCUGCUGGCAGAGGGCGCGGAGGACGCGCGGGACGGCCCUGAGGACGGCGCCCAGAGCCCCGUGCCCGAGGCUGCGGAGGAGGAGGACGGCUCCGUCCCGGAGACCGAGCUGCUGGGGGACAGUGACCCUCUGCAGGUGGAGGAGGCCGAGGCCCAGCUGGAAGCCUGAGGGUCAGGACUGCGGGGCUCGCUCGUGGGAAACUUCAGCCACUCGAGAAGUGAGCCCCCAGCGCCCCGCCCGGGCUGGUUGGCGCCCCGCCAGGUGAAGUCACUCCGCAGCGCGCUCCGCCCAGAGCUGCGCUGUGGCCAUCCUUGGGCUUUGAGCCUGUGGCGCCGGGUGAACGGUGACGCCAGGUCGUCUGCAUUUCCCCGAGGAGGGGUCGCGGGCAUUGCCCGUGCUUUGAAGGGAAUGGGUGGCGUCUGCCCGCCUUGUUGCAUGUGGAUCCAAUGUUGCAAAACUUCGCGACAGGCCUGGCCAGGCAGCCGGCUGGUGGCGGAUGGAGGAGCUGCUUUCUCGCCGCUGCCCGCCAGUUUUAGCCCCUUCAGCCCCCAGAGUAGCGGGAACAGGGCGCUGCCCGCCCCCUUCUCCCCCCCCCCCCCCCCC